AUGAGCUUUCUGGACGCUUAUAGCGGUUACCAUCAGAUACCACUGUUCGGUCUGGAUCAAGAAAAGACAGCGUUUAUCACUCCAAGGGGAACUUACUGUUACAAAGUAAUGCCAUUCGGCCUCAAGAACGCCGGAGCAACCUACCAGCGAAUGAUCACCCGGAUGUUCAAGGACCAACUGGGAAAAACCAUGGAAGCAUAUAUAGACGAUGUGGUAGUAAAAAGUAAGCUCGCUACAAACCACCUCACAGACUUGAGAGAAGUUUUUGGCAUCCUAAAAAACCACCAGCUUCGCCUCAAUGCCUCGAAAUGCGCUUUCGAGGUAGGUACAGGGAAGUUCUUGGGAUACAUGGUCACUCACAGAGGAAUUGAAGCGAAUCCUGAUCAAAUCAGAGCAAUACAGGGUCUUGAAGUACCAACAAAGGCUAAAGAGCUGCAGAAACUAAUCGAACAAGGAGAGGAGCUGUACCUCUAUCUAGCAGUUUCAGAUCAUGCCGUGAGCGCAGUAUUAAUUCGAGAAGUUGACAAGGAACAGAGGCCUGUAUAUUAUGUCAGCAAGACUUUACUAGAUGCCGAGACACGGCAUCUGCCGUUAGAAAAGUUAGCAUACGCGUUGCUUAUCGCCUCAAGGAAGCUGCAGCAUUACUUCCAGGGGCAUACCAUUAACGUCCUCAUUGAAUUCCCCCUCAGAUCUAUAUUCAGCCGAGCCGAUUUCUCUGGCUGUUCGGUAGAACUUGGUGAGUUUGACAUUCGGUAUCAACCUAGGACAGCGAUCAAGGCCCAAGUCUUAGCGGAUUUUGUCGCAGAAUUUGCUCCCACCCAGAGUACCGAACCGGGGGAUCCGAGUUUGGCACAGGCUCUCAGGCUCGGUUGGAAGGCUUCAAACAACGAGGCCAAGUACGUAGCGUUAUUGGCUUGCUUGCGUAGCGCCGAACACUUCAGUGCAGAACAGCUUCUUGUUUUCAGCGAUUCACAACUAGUGGUAAACCAGCUUUCUGGGGUCUAUAAAACACGAGAUGAAAGAAUGGCUAUGUAUGCAGGCAAGGCCAAGGACCUACUCAAAAAAUUUCAAUCCAUACGAGUGGAACGAAUCAGUCGGGAUAAAAAUAGCCACGCUGAUGCUCUGGCAUGCCUCGGCUCAUCAGUGGAUACAAAGGAUGCCAGAAAAAUUUGGGUUGAUUUUGUGCCAGAACCAAGUAUUGCAUCUCCAGUCCUCUGUAACAACUUAGAGCCGAGCUGGAUGAAUCCAAUAUUUGCUUUUUUGAAAUCUGUCACACUCCCCGAAGACAAAAGGGAAGCCAACAAGGUUAAACAUAAGUCAGCUCGGUUCUGGAUCUCACCAUCUGGGAAGCUUUACAGACGCUCCUAUCUUGGCCCCUACUUCCUAUGUGUACAUCCAAAUCUCGUCGAGAAUGUUCUCUACGAAAUUCACGACGAGAUUUGUGGAUGCUACGUUGGCAGAAGGUCACUGGCACACCGAGCCCUCACUCACGGUUACUGGUGGCCACGGAUGCAACAAGAUGCGCAGCGAUUCUUCAUUGCUGCAACCGACUAUUUUACCAAGUGGGUUGAAGUUGAGGUGCUGGCAAGUAUCAAAGAGGCAGACACGAAGCGAUUUGUUUUGAGGAAUGUGGUGGUGCGUUUCGACAUUCCGCGGGUACUGAUUGCGGAUAAUGGAACACAGUUCGAUGGUAAGGUCUUCAGAAAGUUUUGUGCCGACCUCAGAAUCGAGUAUAAGAACUCUUCUCCAAGGUACCCACAGAGUAAUGGACAGGCAGAAGCAUUAAACAAAACCAUCAUCAACGAAGUAAAGAAGUGGCUUGAACAUGCAAAAGGCAAAUGGGUUGAAGAGUUACCUCACGUAUUAUGGGCCUACCGAACCACAACACGGCGUUCAACGGGGGAAACACCUUACUCCCUAACUUAUGGAAUGGAGGCCAUCAUCCCACUCGAAGUAGGUCUCCCAACCCUUCGAUCUGAAUUAUUUGAAAGCUCCAGUAACGAGGAAGCUAUUGCACAAGCACUGUAUAUGGCAGAGGGCCGAAGAGAAGCAGCGCUGAUCAGACUUGAAGCGCAUCAGCAGCAGCUCAUCAGAAGUUUCAAUCAAAAAGUUUUCCCAAGGAAAUUUACACCUGGAGAACUGGUUUUGAGGAAAGUUAUGUGUCACAAAAGGGUGCUUGGCGAGGGCAAACUUGGGCCUAACUGGGAAGGUCCCUACAAAGUCACAGUUGUCGUUGGAAAUGACGCUUACUACCUAGAGGAUCUGAAUGGCAGAGCUAUACCUCGGCCCUGGAGCUUAGCAAAUCUCAAGAAAUACUAUCAAUAG